AUGCCUCCAAGUAUGCACGACAUAGCCACAGGCGUCCCUGUUGCCAAGAACGAUGGCAAUGGCACCGAUGCCGCAACACCAGCCCAAGUGACAUCCGAUGCGUCACCUGCCUUCCUAGACACGCAGCCAGGUCCAGAUCACGACUGGAGAAUCACCUUGAAAGACAAGGUCAUCGCCAUCACUGGUGCCAACCGAGGCAUUGGACUAGCAAUAGCAGAGGUCUGUCUAGCCAACGAGGCAGCAGCCGUCUUCAGCUUGGAUGUGUUCGAACCCAGCGAAGAGUUUGCCGCCCUGCAAAAGGCCAACCCAAAGCGGCUAUAUUACAUCCACUGCGACGUCACCUCCGAGGAGAGUGUCAACUCCGCGAUCGAUGCUGUCAUCUCCACACGAGGGGCGGUGCACGGCUUCAUCGCAAACGCCGGCAUGACAAAACACCAGCCGGCACUGGACUUCAGCCGCGCCCAGCUGGACCAACUGUUCAAUCUCAACGUGUUUGGCGCCUACUUCUGCGCUACUGCUGUUGCGCGCCGGUUCAUUGAUCUUGGAAUCAAGGGAUCCAUUGUCUUCACUGCUUCCAUGACAUCCUAUCGGCCCAACCGCGCGGCGCCCUCGGCUCCCUACGGAGCUACUAAAGGUGCCGUGCGGAAUAUGACACACACUCUGGCUAUGGAGUGGGCCAAGCAUGGGAUCCGUGUCAACUCAAUUUCGCCUGGCUUUAUUAAGACGGCUAUGACAUAUUUUGUGGAUCAAGCUCCGGACUGGAACCUCAAGAUGCAAUACUAUGGCGGCAUGCCUAGAUUAGCGGACCCGAAGGAGCUUGGUGGAGCCUAUGUGUACUUGCUUUCUGACGGUGCGUCUUACACUACUGGAAUUGAUAUUCCGGUUGCUGGUAUCGUCGGGGCAUGGUGA